AUGCUAGGAAAAUUAGUGAAUAAAUUCAAAAAGCAUUCAUUGCAAGAAGAAAUAGCAAAUAUUAUUUAUCCAUCUAUUUCUACCAAUAAUAACAAUAACAAUAACUCAGCAAAUAAUGUAACAACAACAAGUAAAACAACAACAGCAACAACAGUGACGACAUCAUCUCUACCUCAGCAAACAGCAUAUCGUCGAAGUGCUCGUAUUAGUGCCUUAUAUGGGGCUACUAAUAUGUUGGUUGAUUCAGGCACGGAAUCAGAUGAUGAUGAAUUGGAACAACUUGAUUCUAGUUUGAAGAGAGCACCUUCAAGGGAUAUAAUGGGUAGCAGCCCACCAAAUCUUACCAGUUCACCUCCUCUUGCAAGUGAAUUUGAUACAAACAGGUUUGUUGCAGUUUUACUUUUUCUGGAUUCAACAUUUUUUUUUUGA